AUGGACGCCUCGAUGGUCCAGGAGACGGAAGGUGAUGAGGAUCUGGCGGUGUGCGUCAGGAAUCUGAGCUUGACGCUGUCUGAUGAAUCCGGGAGCAAGAAGGUGCUGGACGACCUGACGCUGGAGGUCAAGCGCGGCUCCCUGCACAUGCUCCUGGGCGCCAAUGGGUGCGGCAAGUCCACCCUGGUCCGAGCCCUGGCCGGCCUGCUGCAGCCCGACUCGGGCACCAUUUCCCUGGCCACGCCCCACGCCUUUGUCUUCCAGAACCCAGACCACCAGGUGGUCAUGCCCAGCGUGGGCGCCGAUGUGGCCUUUGGGCUGGGCAGGCACGUGUACCCUUACCUGACGCAUGACGCCGUGGACAGGCUGACCGCCUCGGCUCUGGCGGCUGUGGGGUUAGAGGGCCUGCAGGCCCGCCCCGUGUCCAGCCUGUCUGGCGGGCAGAAGCAGCGCGUGGCCAUUGCGGGGGCGCUGGCGGAGCAGGCGGUGGUCCUGCUCCUGGAUGAGCUGACCACGUUCCUGGACGUGGGCGACCAGCGCGGCGUCCUGGACUGUGUGCGGGCCGCGGUGGACGCCGGCGGCGGCCGCGUCGCCGCGCUCUGGAUCACGCACCGCAUGGAGGAGCUGGACUGGGCGGACCGGGUGUCUAUAAUCCGGGGCGGCAGGGUAGCUUUCACGGGCACGCCCGCGCAGGCCAGGGGCCGCAUGGCGGCAUGGGGCUGA